CGACACGGCAACCGUCGGCUUUUAGCUGCAGCAGACCCGAUGACAGUCUACCGCUGUCUCCCUCCUCCCCCUUCCCGCCCCUCUCCAACAAGGGGGUGGAAGGGACGGUGGGAGUGGCAGCGGGACCCACGGGGGCGGUCCGCGACGCGGCCCCAGUCAGUGCAGUCUGAACGCGCGCGAGAGCGAGCGAGCGAGCUGGGGGAGCGGCAGCGCCAGAGACUGCGAAUGGUUCAGGCAGCACGUCUGCAGUCUGCAAGAACACUCGUGUCUUAUGGUUCAGACAUGGUGUGACCAGCGCCCACCAGGACAGCAGCGGGGCCACCGCGGCGACCACGACGACAUCGCGCGAGUCACGACGGAAGCGACACCAUGUUCGUGCGUUGGUUCGACAGCAGCAGCGGGGAUGGCAGCAGCGCGGACGAGCACGCCGGCGGCGGCGGGUCGGGGCUGGCGUGGUGCUCGUGCACGUGCUCGACCACCCUGGCGCUCACCGUGCUCGCCACGGCCUGCUCCACGGCGCUGCUCGUGUGCGCCGUCAUCACGGACCACUGGGAGCACGUGGCCUGGGACUGGGACCGCGAGCGCGUGGCGCGCGUCGAGCAGACUCUGCUGCAGGACCAGCGCAACGGCUCCCACCACUGGCGGCUGGACUGGCUCGUCGACGGCAAGGUGGCCCGACUGCUGAGGCGCCGCCCCCGCCAGCCGGACGUGGGACCGUCCGCCGGUCCGGCCGUCUUCCUGCUUCCCAUGAACGGCGGCAUCUGGACGCUGUGCGCCAACGUCAACGAGGAGCAGCACGCGGCGCUCCGGGCCGCGGGCCUCAGCCAGCCCUCCUGCGUCAACUACCUGACGCGCAACCCAGGCCCGGACGGGAGGCCGUCCUGGCAGCGCCGGAUGCAGAACCUGUCCAUUUCGUGCGCCCUCGUCUGCCUCAUCAUCCUCGGCUCGUCCGCCAUCGUCGGCGCGUUCGGCGUCGUCGCGCACCAGGCGAGCGCCGUGCUCGUCACUGGAGUGCUGUACUUCCUCGCAGCCACGUUCGCGCUCUUCACGCUCAGCAUCAUCCACUUCAAGCGCGCGCAGACCCCCGCUGCCCUGGGCCGGGGCUCGGGUGCCCUGGCCGUGGACGGCGUCAUGCCCGGCAUCACCCCGGUGGACGUCGGCGCCGGCCCCGCGGGCCUGGCGGCCGCCGCCGUGCUCCCGCCGCCGCCCCUGUGGGGCCCGCUGCUGGCGGCGCGCCGCGUCGAGACGGCGUGGAGCCUGCAGAUGGGCUGGGGGGGCGUGGCGGGCGCCCUGCUCACCGCAGCCCUGUGGCUCACCCUGUCCAGGGCCAUGCGCGGCCCGCCGCCGCCCUGACCCCGCUGGACGAUCAAGUCUGUGUGCAGCAACAAGGUGGCGCCAGCCCCGGUCAACCACGCCCUCCACCACCACAACUCUUUCCAGGACAGCUGAGUGCGCCAAGUGUCCGCAAAGCUAAGACUGACAACGCCAUUCUGGAGCGGGGGACCAAAUGGGGUGCAGCCAAGGGCCAAAUCCUGGCCUCAUCCAUGCAUGUCAUGUUUAAAAUGCGACAGCUUGAUCUCAAACACUAAGAAUCACAGCAACAGAUCUGAAUAAGAAAAUUAAUGGGGUCUGUGUGAAGAGUACUUCAGCUUCAAUGCAUUCGAUCUACUCAUACCUCACAUUUUAAAUGUGAACUAAAAUAACUGUCAAAAACCAAGAUAGGAAAAAUUGUGUAAAUUUAGAAGAGUAGAGAUCACUCACAUCAGUCAACAUAGAUUAUUGAGUAAAAGUAGACUACAAAUGAGCAGCAGAUACUAUCCAACUACAACAGUAGACAUGAGAUGUUAAAUAAUGAUUGAAUAUUACUUUUAUCAGUAUAAAAAGAAAAUGCAGAUCAAGUAAAUAAUGCUGUGAUAUAGUUACCAGGAACUACAUAAAAUCUAGACUAGCUAGACACUGCCGAUGUGAAAAAAAUUCUGUGAUUUUUAAAAUAAAGCAAGUUAUUUCUGUAAA